AGCGACUGGCCCGGAAACGAGAUGUCGUCCUACGAGGUUCUUGGAAGAAUUGCACAUUUUCCUCCUCAAUUUUCGGUGUUUUAGGCCGCGUCAAGCUCCAACAAACGCUGCUGAACUCCAGGGAACAGUAUUCGAAAAAUGCUGCCUCAUUUCUGGAGGCUGAAGGUCUAUUUCCUGACAGAGUUAAGAAGAUGGAGGUCGGGUUACGCGUCAUCCGCGGUCCAGAUUGGAAGUGGGCGAACCAGGACGAUGGGGAAGGCCACAUCGGUACGGUGGUGGAAAUCGGCAGACCGGGGAGCACGGCGUCUCCGGAUAAAACCGCGGUCGUCCAGUGGGACUCUGGAAUGCGUACGAACUAUCGUGUUGGCUACCAAGGGUCUUACGACCUCCUGGUCUAUGACAAUGCCCCCAUCGGCGUGAAGCACCCGAAUAUCAUCUGCGACGACUGCAAGCAGCACGGGAUACGCGGCAUCCGGUGGAAAUGUACGGAGUGCCACGACUUCGACUUGUGCACCGUUUGUUACAUGAACGACAAACACCUCACCACACACCAGUUUGAGAGAUACGAGACUGCACAGUCGGCUGGAGUACGCGUGCCAAAAAGACAUGGUUCUGUGAAGGUGCAGUCCAGAGGGAUCUUUCCUGGUGCACGUGUGGUCAGGGGGCCAGACUGGGACUGGGGCAACCAAGAUGGAGGCCCAGGGAACACUGGGAAGGUUAUCGAGAUCCGCGGUUGGGACAACGAAUCAGGGAACAGCGUGGUUCAAGUCACCUGGUCGUCAGGGGCAACCAACGUGUACAGGCUGGGUCACAAGGGCAAGGUCGACGUCAAGUAUACCCAGGAUGCAACAGGAGGGUACUACUACAAAGAUCACCUGCCUAAACUGGGUUACCAUCACCAUCAGACCAUUGUCAGCCACAUAGAACCAGUCAACAGUGCAGCCGGACAGAACUUCCGGGUCGGAGACAAGGUCAAGGUUCAACUUGAUGUGGACAUCCUCAAGCAGUUACAAGAGGGACAUGGAGGGUGGAACCCCAAAAUGGUGGAGUUUAUAGGAAAAGCCGGAACAGUCCACCGGGUGACUGAGAGGGGGGACAUCAGGGUCCAGUAUGAUGGCAGUUCCAACAGAUGGACCUUCCACCCAGCUGCUCUCACAAAGGUGGACAUGUUUUCAGUUGGUGAUACAGUCAGGAUUUCAGACAAGAUGGAGGAAGUGAAGAGACUACAGGCUGGACAUGGGGAGUGGACUGAUGCCAUGAGAUCAACCCUUGGCCAGCUGGGUACUGUACAGAAGGUGUACCAUGAUGGGGACCUGAGAGUGCUGGUGAAUGGUCAGACUUGGACACUCAACCCCGCCAACAUCACCAUGGUACCACGAUCUACCAUCGACUCCAACAACACCAUGGCUCCAGACAGGGAGCGCAGACAGAGCAACACUGUCCUGUCACUGCUGGAACAGAUACGAGCCAUCCAGGUGGACAACAACACUCCUGACAAACUGGUCAGCGAGGCAGCACAGGGGCAUCUUGGGAAGGUUCACGAGCUGGUCACCAAACACCCUGACAGGGUAGACACCAAGAGUUCUGGGAAGACUGCACUUCAGGUUUCCUGCCAUCAAGGUUAUCUGGACAUGGUGAAGGUCCUAAUCUUAGCUGGAGCUAGUCUGGAAGUCAAGGAUGAUGAUGGUGACACAGCCUUGCACUAUUCUGCAUUUGGAAACCAACCAGAGAUAGCAGAGCUGCUGCUGACCAAGGGUGCCAGCGUGAACGCCACCAACAACAGCGGCUGUGGAGCGCUGCACGUGGCUGUCAACAAGAGCCAUGUUCGCUGUGUCAGGGUGCUGCUCAACCACAACUGUAACAUCAACACACAGGACUCCUAUGGAGACACAGCGCUGCAUGAUGCCAUCGCCAAGGACAACAGGGACAUUUUGGACAUGCUGCUGGCAGUCCCGACCCUUGACCUUCAGCUGAGGAACAACCGUGGGUUCAACCCACUUCACCAUGCCUCUCUGAAGGGCAACAAGUAUGCUGCAGAAAAGAUCCUGUCCAUCUGUCCCCAGCUGGUGGAUGAGAGGAAAGAUGACGGGUACUCAGCACUGCACCUGGCUGCUCUUAACGGUCACAGGGAGGUGGCAGAUGUCUUAAUCACACAGGGCCACUGUGAGGUGAACAUCCUGAACAACCGUCACCAGACGCCGCUGCUGCUGGCCGUGAGUCAGGGCCACACCGCCGUCAUCGAGCUGCUGGUCUCACGCAGCGCUAACGUCAACAUGGAGGACGAGGAGGGCGACACGUGUCUGCACCUCGCGCUCAUGAGGCAGUCCGACAACACCAACCUCGCCAACUCACCACAAGUCGCUAGUAUCCACUCGUCUAUGGGUAUUGGGGACGCCGGAGGGAAUGCAGGAGCUGCCAUUGCGUGUUUCCUGGUGCAGGAGGGAGCCAACCUGAAUGCUGCCAACCAGCGAGGCCAGACACCCAUGGACCUGGUCACUGACCCAAGGGUUAAAGAACUUAUCCAACAGUUUGCCAGUGCCAGGAGGGACAUGGAAGCCCAAAGCUCACGUAGCCAGGCUGAUGGAAUCAGACCAGGUCCGUCAAACCCAGGCCAGCGAGAGUGUGGUCCUCUAGACGUGGAGGUGGACUGUACAGAGUGUAUAGUGUGUGAUGACAACAUGGCCAACGUCAAGUUUGAGCCAUGUAACCACACCAUUGCCUGUGUAGAGUGCUCGACCAGGAUGAAAAAGUGCAUCAAGUGCCAACAACCCAUUACCAGGAAAGUCAAAAUAGAUGGCCAACCAGUAGAGGUUCAGCCAACCAGAAACAUCCUUCCAGAGAAGGUCGUCGAGUUGGAACGAAAAGUCCGGGAGAUGGAGGAAUCUGCGCUCUGCAUGAUCUGUCUGGAACGGAAGCGAAACGUUGCGUUCCUGUGCGGCCACGCAACAUGCGAACAGUGCUCCCGCCCUCUCAAACACUGCCCCAUGUGUAGGAAGACCAUCACAAAGAAAAUCGCCCUUUACCUAUGACAGUAGCGUGCAAGAACAGUAAAUACUUUACCAUUUUCUAACAUGACCAUGUAAACUAGAAAAGGAACAUUUGAAAAGCAAAUGC